UGGUACAAACGGAUAACAUCUUCGAGUCACUGCAGGGCGCCGUCGCUGCUGCAUGUCUUGUUUACGGUAAGGUCAGUUUACUACGCUGCGGUCCAGCUUAUCAUUUCAGAAUAAAGUCUCAUCUCAGGGUUUAGCAAAAGAAGGCCAGACAAGGAGAGGGAAAAAGAGAGCGAGAGAGCAAGGGGAUGUUGACUUAUCCCUCUGACUCACUCACUCAGAUAGUUUGUCCAAUGGAUGAAGAUGCUAUCCCCCCAAACCCUUUCUGUAGUGCACCUCCCCACAGUGAACCUGCACCACCUUUCCUCUCCCUUUCCUCCAUCACUCCCAGCCGUCCAAAUGAUGGAAUAUCUGGCCACAGAAGGAGUGGUCGCAUUCAAGGCAUCCGAGCUCAGACUCCUAAAAAACAAAGUAACACAGACAGUCAAGCAGCUCAGAGACCGACUAAACAGAAUCCGUCCCCCACAAAGAGACAAAGAGAGAGUGGGAUUAUGGUGCAAGCGGCACAAUCUAAGCAGUCGAGAGUGGAAGGAACAGAUGCACACGACAACCAAAACAAGGAUGGAUUUGAUUUUGGCUUUACAGCAGAAUGGCAAAAUAGGCAAAAGGACCAAAAACUCCCAGAGCAGAAAUUAAAUCCGUCUCCAGGAGAAAAUGUUGAUAAACUGUUGGAUGAAAAUGUCCCAGAGAGUCUUGAUGCCGCCAAAUCUGACAUGGAUACAUGCGGGGAUGUGGCUGCUGGACACACUGCUGAAAAUGCAUAUGCCCCAAAGGGAUGGGUGAUCGGCCCGUUGUUUCAGUCGUUCAAGUCAAAGAUGGCCAGUUUCACAGAGAUAGUCAUGAGUCCUGUUAAACUUUUCCGAGCCAGCAGUCCUCCACUGUCAGUGGACCAUUCUGACAGACUCGAUGAGCUAAAGGCUGAUGGAACAGCUGAUGUUGAGCGUUCAGAGCCAAGCAGUACGCUUCAUCCUGAAGGACAAAGUGAAAAUGACAAUCAGCACUGCAGAGCUGAUCAAAACGAGCUCACUAAUGUAGGAGAUGCACAAAACACACAAACUGUUUCUCCUAAAUAUUCUAAAAAAUUAGAUUUUGAUGAGGAUUCAACAACAGGUUCAGAAAUCGUUGAUGAAUUUGCAGUACACCAGAAGGAAAAAACCUCACCUGCCUCAGUGCCUUUGCCACACUACCCCUCACAACUUGGUGUUUCAGAGUCUGUUGGCUCCUCUGUCGUUUUACGGUCCUCUGCCAGUGUAAGUGCCUCUUGUGAAUCCAGGUCAAAGAUGUGCAUUGCUUUGGUGGACCAGAAAUUCAAGACUUCUGUUCGUCUAAAACCACUUUCCAGAAAACGUGCAGGAAAUAGAUCUGGCUUGAAGAGGGUUGACUUCAAGGAAGAGUCUGACCCAGAGGUCAGCAAGAAGCAGCUUUCUUACCAGACCCUGGACUCAGAUGACCCUGAAAAAAUGCUGUCUUCAUCUUUCUCAGUUUCUUACGCUCAGCCUGGCAUGGACUGUUUUCAGCCUGAUGGUGAUGAAAAGAAGGAGACUGAAGAAAGCUGCAGCUUGGUUCAAGAAAGCCUCCAAAAGAGUCUCGAUGACAGUGUUAAUAAAAGGACUCUGAGGUCCAGUUUAGAUCUGCAACAACAGGAGUGGCGGCUAAAUCAGGAUAAGUGUUCAGUUUCUGGUUUUGUGAGAGAAAAGAGAGGGUUGAAACUGAACUGUCAUUCCCAAGACUCUGUAAAAAGAAAAAGACUGACACCAGAUACACAUACAAAAGUUACACAAAAGCAAGAGUUAUCAAACACAGCUUCAGGGAGAGAAGAAAUCGAGUUAAUAAAUGAAGAAGCACCGAAGCUUGGAAGACAGAGACAAUCUGUUUUUGUGUCAACAAGAACGACUAGGAAAGGAAAAUCUGGUCAAGAAAUGCUUGGUACAAUCAAUGAAGCUGUGUUGCACUCGCAAACUGAAAGUUCCCCUGAUGCUAUGUUGGUUUGUUCACUGGAUAAAAGCACUGGUGUGGCAGAAGACAACCACAUGAGCUGCAGAAUCAAAGCAAGCUCUGCUACUUCAUGCAAAAGGCAGAACAGAACAGUUAUUAGUAAUUCUGAUGUAAAUAUUGAUGCCAGUAUGGAUCUUGAAACUACUGUAGCAAUCACUUCUACAAACCAAGAUGAGCUGUCGUCCAAAGCGCUCGUCCGUCCUUGUAUAAAGCAGCUCCAGAAUACAAGUAAGUGCAGGAAUAUUAACAAGAAGCCACAGAAACGGAAAUCGCAAAAUCAGAUAAGUCCAGUGACAGAAUCAGACAGCCCUUUGGUGUCUACCUCAUCGGUACUGUCAGUGGGCCUAAUGGAAUUCGUGCCUAAGGAUUUUAAUACCUCUCAACAUGCUGAAAAAGGAAAGGACUUGAUAAGAGGGCUGAGCCAGCCGACUAAGAGACCCAAAAAGGGUCUUAGAGGUGCUACUCAAUCAUGUGUAUCCAGUAGGACUCUAGAGAGACAGCAAUGUGUCAUCAACCUUCAAGAGAGUCAGUCUAAAGAAAGUAAAAGUAAAAACUCAACGGAGACUGUAUAUUUUGAAAUGACUCCCUUUGAAAGUAAUUUCCACCCCCUUCCUUCACCUUCACAACUUCAUGUGGACUCUCUUUUAAAUAAUGAUAUUAAUAAUAGGCACACUCAGAAGAAACUAAAGAGUUCAGCUUCUGUGGCAGAAGAAAUAUUUCACACGGACUCUGAAGUUUUUAAUGAAGGAGGUGUCAGUCUCUCUAGGCUAAGGUCUAGCACAAGAAGAGCUAACAUAAAGCCCAGGCAAGCAGAUAACCAAAGGAGAAAAUGCCGAGUUCUGCACAGUAGGACACGCAAAAGUGAAGAGGUGACAAACUCUGUCACAAUGGAUGAUGUAAAUCUAGCAACGUCAGGUGCACGCUCAUCAGAAAACGGCUUCUCACACCGCCUGUUACGCAGCUACUCUUGCCCAGAGAUCCUCUGCCUCCAUCCCCAUGACACAACUUGGACCUCACCACAUCCCAGCAGGACUCUCACAUCACACCAGUCCUCCCACAGUCCUUCUGUCUCUCAGGCGCAGAAAUCCCUGCGGCGGGCUCGACGACACACAGUCUGCAGCGUGGAGGUGGAGAGGGAGAUCGCCCCCCUGUGUCUUCGUAAAGAGGUGUACCCAUCUAGAAGAUCUACCCUGUACGACCCCGUCACUCAUCACCCGUCUCCUAGUAUUGCACUUUCCCCCAGCACCUCCGUCUCUGCUCUUGCUUCCUGCUUCCUUUCAAGCCCCCUGGCUUUCCUUUCUAAGAGGUUUGACAGCAAAGGAGUUGCUGGCAGUCUCAGCACUUGUAGCCAUGUUUCCACUCCCUCCUCCGCUUCAUCUCUUACAUCCCCAUUAAGCUCCUCCACAUGGCACCAUUCAAGAACAGAUUCCUCUGGUGCUGCCGUGGAUUCUAGCAGCAGUGGGAAUCCAUUGGAGUGUGAGACUGAGAGGAGACAACAGAGUGAGGAAGAGGAUGAUGGCGAGGAGACAAGUUCUUCCAGUCAGGAGUUUGAAGAUGGCGGGCUAAGAGAGGAAAAGGCUCACUCUGAUUCUGAAAUUAAGAUGGUGCAAAAGCAUGAGGAACGAAGAAAGGUGUCCUCUAUCAGAAUUCGGAAAACUUUACCCAAGCCUCAAAAUAACCUCACACCCAUGGGGCUGCCCAAACCCAUCAGGCUGAAAAAGAAGGAGUUCAGUUUGGAAGAAAUUUACACCAACAAGAAUUUCAGCAAACCCCCUGAAAGCCGGUUGGAAACCAUAUUCGAGGAGGUGCCUCUCAAUCGCAGGAAUGGCUCUGAGUCCUGGUUUGGUCAGAGGCGUGUGAAACGAUUUUUAGAGUUCCUGGAGGUCGGCGAGGUCAGAAAACCAAAGAAGCCACUUGUCGGAGUGAGUAAAGCAGGUAUUUCCACUUCCAGGCCCCGACGAGGGGGCUUCCUUAAAGACGAACCGUCCCUCAGCGUGCAGGAUGUGGACUCGCUGCUCUGUGCGAAGCUGGAUCAGCUCAAUUUGUGGUUGAUUCAUGAUCAGAAAGACAGCUGACCGAUGCCUCUCAGGUGACUGUUUUGGCAGCCAUUAAAAACCAGAUAAUACUGUCUAUAUAAAUAUUUCAACAUGAAGAUUGAGUGUGCCAGCAACUCUUUUUGUCAACACGGUCUGUAUAAAUGUUGUGGUGGCAAGUUCUAAAUGAAGAAUGUUUAUUCUGUAGCGUUUGUAGCCUGAAAUUUGAAGAACAGUACAUGAUAGCGCCGUUAAAAGUAUUGCCUCAUAAACGUGGUUAAGAAUGUGUAAAGUAAGUCGUUUUUCAAUCAUUGCCAUCGCUGUCCCUUCUUCCUUUUAGUUACGAUCCGUCCAUGAUGGAUGAAAACUGUUAGCAUCAGCAAAAAAAAUCAACAAUAUGAAAAGCCAAACUCCCUGUCAGGGUGACUCAGUGCCAUUCACUUACAGUAACUGUGUGUUUGAUAAGUGAUAAUGCACUUUGUGUCUGAUUUCUCCAAGUGCAUUUGGGCCAUUUGAGUUGUAACUUUAAAAAACAAACAAACCUGAGAUUUAAAUGUUUAUUGUUUAGGGGGAAAGGAGAUUGAAGUGUCACAGUUUUAAUAAAAUUGAAAGCCUGAAAUCAUAACCUCAAAGGAAGAAUGGGUUACGUUUUUACACCAGAGAUGUAAAGAGCAAGUCUUAGGUGCAAAUGUCAGUGAGGAGGUGCAGCAAAACCCAGCGCAUAAAUGCGAUCAAGUUGUAUUUUGUUUUGUUUCUGUCUGUCUGGGUGAUAGGUGAUAAUAUGGUUCUCGACUUAAAUCGCCAGCAUUUAUAUAGUUCUUAAUUAUUCGUGUCAGUCUGUGGGAUCUGUGAUAUGAUGAAAUUGAUCCAGCCUUAAAAUUUCUCGUAAAUUUAGGAAUUUAAUCUUUGGUGUUCUUGUGGAUUACGACUUCCUUGCUAGCCUAUUCACCGAGAAUGGCCCUAAUACACAGAAUCCUAAUCAGCUGUCUGUUUUUGGAAGAAAGCAGUCAAUCACCUUAGAUGUUGUGACCUUACCACAUCAUUGUAAGUGGUUAUAUAGGCAGCUAUUUUUUUUUUUUUUUUAAUUAACUAAAUGCUGAAUACAAUAUACUCUUCAAGGUGCCAGGUGGAGAUUCAUAGUCACUGGACUCGGUUUCACAACCACAUUUUGUACAAUCGGUCAUCUACAUGUAGUUUGGACUGCAUACAUCAUUGUACUCAGCUCAGGGCAGAGCCUCAGUGAAUGGUUUGUGUUUGUGAUUUCAUACCUGUGGAGCUUUCUUUUGUAUUAAAUGUGCCAUAAAGACAAUAUGACUCUCCAGUAAGCAUUUCUAAUGAUUACUGGAAGUGUCCACUGCUGUUUUUCCGUGGUGUUUAUAUUUGCAUUGCAAGUAUUAACUUGUCAUUAAACAGCCUAUACGUGUUUAUUAUAUAUUUGCCAAAUGUUAAUGGGGUUGCCUUAACUGUAAAAAUGUGUUUAAAUAGGUGUUUUGUCUGCACAUUUGUAAUCAUUGGUGGGUUUUUUUUGUUUGUUUUUAUCUGUGCGUGUUAAAAUGUUUCUAGCAACUCAGAGCACAAAAGUCAUUUUAUUAUAAAAUUGUUUAAUGUUUGUAUAAAAGUGCAGCAUAUAUACAUUUGACAUUAAUAAAGCGAAUACAGUAACAAUGCAA